GGAAGUCUCUCUAGGUUAAAAAAACCCCACCAGCAACAAAGAAACGUUUCGUUUUUUCUUCUUGCAACCGGCUAACCGGCUGUUCCAGGCGGUUACGAUGAAGAAUCAAAGAAAAACAAUUCGCGGCAAAAAGAAAAGGAAAGGAAAAACAAGAAUUCAGUAACUUUUCUUGAAUUUUAGAGAGAGAGAGAGAGAGAUCAACUAUGUGUGCGAUUCUUGUUCCAUGCUUUUCUUUUUUUAGCAAAAUCGAGAGGUUAUUGUUUUCGUAGCAGUAUUUUCUUGCUUCUUCUUCUUUUUUUUUCUUUUAGUUUGGACCAUAUUUGGCAUAUGACAGAAUUGGUGGCUCGCACUGGCCGCCAACAGCAACGUUAUGAAGCCGGUUGUUGGCUGGUCGCGGGGUGCAUUCCUUUCAAGUACAGAAGCUUUGCGGACAACGAGGAUGGCAAAUCUGAGAAAGUUGUUGAGGUUUUAAUGAUAAACGCAAACAGUGGACCUGGUCUUCUCUUCCCGAAGGGUGGCUGGGAAACUGAUGAAACUGUUGAAGAGGCAGCAGCACGGGAAGCUCUAGAAGAAGCUGGAGUUCGAGGUGAUUUGCUGCAUUUUCUGGGACAAUACGAAUUCAAAAGCAAAACCCUCCAAGACAAGUUUAGUCCAGAAGGUUUGUGUAAAGCUUCCAUGUUUGCUUUGCUUGUGAAAGAGGAGCUCCAAUGUUGGCCAGAACAGAACACUCGACAGAGAAGUUGGCUUACCAUUCCUGAAGCUGGAGAGUGCUGUCGGUAUAAAUGGAUGAAAGAUGCCCUCGAGGAACGUUUUACAAAAUGGCUUGAUGAUCAAAUGAUUAGCAGAUCAAAGAAAGCCAAUGAUGUAAAUUCGUCUGCUUCAUCUCCGGAAGAGCAUUGAACAGGACCAAAAAAAUGAAGAUAAAGAGCAUUUGAGUAGUUCAUUCAUGUAGAAGAAGCACCAGUCCGAAGGUGAUUUUGGUGCUCUCUCUCUCUCUCUCUCUCUAGGGUUUGGUAUAGGACACUACAAAUGCUUGUGCUUUCGGCAUGCAGAGAGAUGUUUACUGGAAAUCUAUGUUGGGUCCUUCUGUUCAUUUCCUUGAUGCUGCUCAUUUCUAAUUCAUUCUACAUUGGUUAAUGUGUUUCACAGAAAAAGCUCGCUUUCCAUGAACUAGAGAAGCUAAGAUGUAGGUUAAUUAUUUUUCGAUUCAUGCUUCAGGGAAUGAAACCGCCUUGCGGCCAGGCCACACUUGGCUGCAUUCUAUGA